AUGGCGAGGCGCUGCGGUGGCCCUGAGGACUCUCCGGGGAUGCGGUGGCCGGCGGGACAGCCCAUGGCAGCGCGGCGGGGCCGCGGGGGCUCUGCCGGCAGCGUGCUGGGGCUGAGCCGCUCGGCGCUGCAGCUGCCGGCGCUCUGGUGGUGGUACCUGUUCCUGAGCGCCGAUGCCCAGGAGGUGGCCACGUUCACGGUGCAGUACCGGGUGCUGGAGGAGGUGCCCCCGGGGACCGUCAUAGGGAGCCUGGCCGAGCACUUCGAGGGCGGCGAGAGCGGUGAGGCGGCCGAGACCUUCCAGCUGAUGGAGACCCCCGGGAGGUUCCCGCUGCGUGUGGGCAGCGGGGACGGGGUGCUGAGCACGGCCGGGCGCGUGGACAGGGAGCAGCUGUGCCGCCACUCCGAUCCCUGCUGGGUGUCCUUCGACGUGCUGGCAGCCCAGAACCCGGCCCUGAUCCACGUGGAGGUUCAGGUGGUGGACGUCAACGACAACGCGCCGCGCUUCCCCACGCCCGAGCUGGAGCUGGAGAUCUCAGAGAGCGCGUCCCUGCGGACUCGGAUCCCGCUGGAUCGAGCCCUGGAUGCUGAUGCCGGCCCCAACGCUCGCUGCUCCUAUGCCCUCUCCCCCAGUGAGCACUUUGCUCUGGAGGUCGUCUCCGGCUCCGACGGGACGAGGCACGCGGAGCUCGUCGUGGUUAAGGAGGUGGACCGGGAGCUGCACUCCUCCUUCGACCUCGUGCUGACGGCCACUGAUCACGGGGAGCCACCGAAAUCAGGUACUGCUUUGAUUAAAGUCAUUGUCCUCGACUCCAACGACAACAGCCCCGUGUUUGCAGAGAGCUCCCUGACGGUGGAGGUUCGGGAGGACACCCAGCCCGGGACCCUCCUGGUGACGGUCACGGCCACCGACCCCGACCAGGGUCCCAACGGGGAGAUCGAGUACAGCCUGAGCAGGCACGCACCCCCCGAGGUGCUGAGCACCUUCAGCAUCGACGCCCGCACGGGCAGCAUCCUCCUGAGGCUCCCUCUGGACUACGAGGAGACCCACGCCUACGAGCUGGAUGUGCAGGCACGGGACCUGGGUGCCAACCCCAUCCCGGCGCACUGCAAGGUCCUGGUCAAGGUCCUGGACGUCAACGACAACGCUCCCGAUGUCCACGUCACCUGGGCCGCGCGGGUGCCCGUGCUGUCCGAGGCCCUCCCCAAGGACAGCUUUGUGGCCCUGGUGACAGCCAGCGACCCCGACUCGGGAAGCAAUGGGCAGGUGCUCUGCUCCCUCAGCCAGGGGUACGAGCACUUCAGGCUGAAGAGGACCAACAGCCACAGCUUCGCGCUGCUGACCAACGCCUCGCUGGACCGCGAGCGGCGUGCCGAGUACAACCUGACGCUGGUGGUGCGGGACAUGGGGGACCUGUCCCUGGCCGUGCUGAAACACCUCACCAUCUGCAUCAGCGACGUCAACGACAAUGCCCCGGCCUUCGAGAAGGCUGCCUACGAGGGUGCUGUUGCUGAGAACAGUGAAGCCCCUGCCUUCCUGCUCACUGUCCGUGCCACCGACCCUGACCUGGGCUUCAAUGGGAAAGUCACCUACAGGAUCCUGGACCCCUCUGCUUUGGGGCUGGUCUCAGUUGACCCCGUCACUGGGGAUGUUUUUGCCCUCCAAGCUUUUGAUUACGAGCAGGUGAGGAGCCUGGAGUUCCUGGUGACAGCGGAGGAUGGAGGGCAUCCCAAGCUGGCAUCCAACAUCUCCAUCAGGCUGGCUGUGCUCGACCGGAAUGACAACGCACCCAUCAUCACCAUGCCAGCGCUGGUGGGAGGGGUGGCCACGCUCUCCGUCCUGGUCAAUGUGGACACCGGGUGCUGCUGGGUGGUCCCUGGGAACGGGAGCGCUCAAGGGGCUGCAGCAGUGACCAAUUCCACACUCGUGUCGUGCCCUGGCAGCCCCUUCCUCUUCACCAUCAUGGCCAGGGACGUGGACUCCGGCGUCAAUGGGGCUCUCCGGUAUGAGCUGCUGGGGGGGGAUGAUAGCGGGCUCUUCAUCCUGGACCCCCUCCUGGGGCAGGUGUCCCUCAACACCAGCAACGCCAGCAGCCUGGCCGGCAGCCAGCGGGAGCUGCUGGUCCGGGUGAGCGACCAGGGGGACACCCCCCUGCACACCCUGGCCCGGCUCCGCUUGGUUUUCCGGCAUCACGGGGCCUUCUCCAAGAUGUCAGCGCGGGAUCCCGGCUGGCCGAGCCUGUCCGUGGUGCUCGUGAUCUGCCUGGCCGCUCUGCUGGGCGCCUGCCUGCUGCUGCUGGCCCUGACCCUGUCCCUGCGCAAGAAGGACAAGAAGGACGGCAUGGCCUACAACUGCCGGGAGGCCGAGGACGCCCGCAGGCAGCAGCAGCUCAAGAAGCCGCACAGGCAGAUCCAGAAGGCCGACAUCCACCUGGUGCCGCUGCUCCGCGGCCGCCCCCGGGAGCCUGAGCCCCCCCGGCCCCACCAGCAGGAGCAGCCUGGCACGGCCGCCCCCGCCACCCCACCGGCUCCCCUCCACCUCACCCCCACUCUCUACAGGACCCUGAGAAAUCAGAGGACACCCAGAGACUCGGAGGAGCAGCAGGGCGCCUUCGAGCUGCCCAUCCUGCAGCGCCGGCCCUGCCAGCCCCACAGACCCAAACACGCAGGGAAGGAGGCUGCGAGCCCCACCGAGGCACCUCUGCUGAAGCCACCCACGGGAGAGCCCCAGGUGCCCCCCGAGCAGCCCCAGCCCCACCAGCAGAUCCUCAGGAGCCUGGUCCGGCUGUCGCUGGUGGCCCUGGCGGAGCAGAGCCCGACAGGGGAGUUUGCCAUGGAGUCGCCCCCAGUGCAGCAAAUCUCCCAGCUGCUCUCCCUGCUGCACCAGGGCCAGUUCCAGCCCAAAACAAACUACAGGGGAAACAAGUACACGGCCAAGAACGGCAGCAGGGCUGCGGGGCUGGACACGGGGCUGGACACGGGGCUGGACACGGGGCUGGACACGGACUGCCUGAGCACCAAGGACAGCGGGCACGGCGAGAGCGAAGCCGGGGACCGCGACUGCGACAGCGCCUUCGAGCUCUCCGUGCAGCAGCUCGUGGGAGAGGAGCUGGAGACCCUCCUGGAGCCACAGGCAGAGCUGGCCCUCAGGAGGCUGACAGCUGCAGACCCAGCGUGGGUGGCCCGGCUGUCGCUGCCCCUCACCAGCAGCUACAAGGACAACGUCUUCUCCCCCGACUCGCCGCGCUGCCCCGAGGAUGAGGAUGCUGCGAGGCAGGAGAAACCCAGGACCUUUGAGACCUUUGGCAAAGGCUCUGGGGCUGACGCUGGUGGCAGCGGGACGAGGCUGGCCAGCACCUUCCUGUCGGAGAUGAGCACCCUGUUUGAGCUGAUCCUGUCCCAGAAGGCGCAGGAGCACGGCCAGACGGGCGCGGGGCUGCUGCGGCAGCUGUCGGCCCGCAGCCACGGCCUGGGGCAUGCUGCUCCAGGGCUGUAG